AUGGGUAUCUUCAAAACAGCGAUUCUGCUCGCUGGAGCUUCGCUGAACGUGCUUGCAUCUCAAUUUCCUCUCAAUGACGCCGACUCACCCCUAGCCUCAACCUUCCAGGUCCACCAGAGCUCUCUGUCACCGGAGCACUCAAUUCGCAUCAAAGAGCAGGUAGAUGACUCGAUUUGCGACGCGCGUGUCAAGCAGUACACGGGAUGGCUCGAUAUCGGAAACCAGCACUUGUUCUUCUGGUACUUUGAGAGCAAGAAUGCUCCCGCCACUGAUCCUCUGGUCUUGUGGUUGACCGGAGGUCCCGGUGGUUCAUCUAUGCUGGGAUUGCUCCAAGAACUUGGACCUUGUCUCAUCAAUGAGCAUGGUAACGGAACAGUUCACAACCCUUACGGCUGGAAUGCAAACGCAAACUACAUCUUUGUUGACCAACCCGCUGGUGUUGGGUUCUCGUACCUGGACAAAGAUGAGCCCAUACCUGGCAACUCGUUUGUCGCUGCCGAUAGUAUGCACAAGUUCAUGCAGCUAUUCACAACCGAAGUCUUCCCAGAUCUUGCCAACAGACCGUUCCAUAUUUCCGGAGAGAGUUAUGGUGGCCACUACAUUCCCAUAUUGGGAGCUACAAUUGUCGCACAGAACAAUCUCUACCCCAAACGCCCCCAGGUUAACCUCGAGUCUGUGCUCAUCGGAAACGGCUAUGUCUCACCUCUGGACACCGCCUUUGGAUACUGGGAGACCCUUUGCACAACCAACCCCGGUGUCAGUGAGCCUAUAUUCAACAGCACUCGCUGCGACAUAAUGGCUGCCAACCUUCCACGAUGCCUGGAUCUUGCACGUGUAUGCUAUGAGCACCCCGACCACGCCAUCUGUAGUGCUGCAUCGGAAGUAUGCUGGGAGGGAGUGAUCAAGUGGUACGACGGCGAGUCAGGAUCCAACGGUGGGAGAAACAGAUUUGACAUCAGUGUUCCAUGUCAAUCAGAUGAUGAUCUGUGUUACAAGGAAAGUGCACUCAUUCAAAACUACCUCAACUUACCACGCGUCUUCAAAGCUUUGGGCGUUCCAAGUGCGUUGACCAACUACUCGAUUCUUUCCUGGGACGUAGCAGAAGCAUUUGAACUGGGCAUUGAUACAGGUAUCAGCACUCAAUCCCAGAUUCUCUACUUGCUCAACCACGAUAUCGACGUGUUGAUGUACCAAGGAAAUCUGGAUCUUGCAUGCAACACUGCCGGAAACCUCAAGUGGAGUAAUAGUAUGGAGUGGAAGGGACAGCCAGCUUACGUUGCUCAACGACCAAAGGCGUGGGGUGCUUGGGGUGAGGAGAUUGGGUGGUACAAGGAGGUCAAGAUCCAGAUGGGUGCUUCUGAUAAGAAGACUACCUUUUCGUUUGCUACAGUCGACGGAGCUGGGCAUAUGGUCCCUCAGGGUAAGCCCAAGCAGGCUCUGGAAUUGGUCAACCGAUGGCUCAAGAAGCGCACUUUCGCCGGUUGA